UUGUUAUUGGCAAGGGCGAGGACUGCGUUUGUGAAGAUGCAAGCCUGAAUGAAUCCGUAGGCGAUAUUGUUGAAAAUACAGUGGUGCCUAGGCCAUCUAGAAAACCAAAAAAAGAAAGACGCAAAAAUCGCAAAAACAAUAAAAGGCACAGAAAGCGCAAGAACAAGGACGUCACGAGGGACUGUCACCAGUUUUCAAUGAAGUGUUUCACCCAUGACAACGACCACUGGCAGACCCCUCCACUGUGGAACCUGGGUCCAUUCUGUUUCUGCCCAAACUCCAACAAUAACACAUACUGGUGUAUACGGACCAUCAAUGAUUCUCACAAUUUCCUUUAUUGUGAAUUUAUAACAGGGUUUAUCAGCUAUUAUGACUUCAAUAGAGACCCUUAUCAGCUAAGAAAUGCUGUACAUGAUUUAGAAUACUGGACACUACAACAAUACCACAAGACAUUAAAUAGGCUAAGGGCAUGUGCAGGACCAAGGGAAUGUACUAUAAGAUCUGGACAAUAUACAGAAAAGAAAGAGAAAUCUGGAAGGCAUGGACGCCGCCCUCCGGCUAACCACCACCUAUAG